AUGGCACCCCCCACCGUCCAACAACCAAAGAGCCUGCUCGGCCGCCACAGGCUGCUGGCGCCGACUGCAGCGGUUUUUGUCAGCCCGAUAUGCCUGGGGACGAUGAACUUUGGCGGCGUGAUGAAUGAGUCCCUGGGAGAGUGCACGAAAGAGACCGCGUUUGAGAUUCUUGACUUCUUCUACGAGCAAGGGGGUAACUUCUUAGACACAGCGUCGAGCUACCAGGGAGAAGAGUCUGAGAAGUGGCUGGGCGAAUGGCUGACCAAGACUGGCCGGCGCGAUGAGUUUGUACUGGCGACAAAGUAUACAGGCAACUUCAAGGCCAGGUCAGAAUCACACCGACAACAAUCCAACUUUGGCGGAAACGGCUCCAAAAGUCUACAUCUAUCAGUUGACGCGAGCCUCAAGAAACUGCAGACGAGCUACAUUGACCUCCUUUACCUCCACUUCUGGGACAUGACUGCGGACAUACCAGAGAUCAUGCAGUCGCUGAACCAUCUGGUUGCCUCCGGCAAGGUCCUGUACCUGGGCAUCUCGGAUUCACCCGCUUGGAUUGUGGUAAAGUGCAACGAAUACGCAAGGCAGCACGGACUCUGCCAGUUUUCCGUAUACCAGGGCCGGUGGUCCGCGGCAGAUCGGGACUUCGAGAGAGAGAUUAUCCCCAUGUGCCGGGCUGAAGGCAUGGGGCUGGCUCCAUGGGGCACGCUCGGCCGCGGUUUGUUCAAACCUAAGGAUGCCGUCAAAGAAGGCGGGCGAAACAUGCCGUCGAUGAACAACGGCCGCGAGGCUGUGGUCUCGGAGCAGCUUGAGAAGAUCGCUGACCGUAGGGAAGUGCCCAUCACAUCGGUUGCUCUGGCGUACGUGCUACACAAGUCCGCAUAUGUCUUCCCCGUUGUGGGCGGCCGAAAGCUGGAUCAUAUUGGGGGCAGCAUUGAAGCCUUGCGACUGCGCUUGACGAGCCAGGAUAUUGCUGAUAUUGAAGCCGCCUAUCCAUUUGAUAUCGGCUUUCCACACAGAUUUUUGAGCGGAAACACCAACCGUGGACCCAGUGGACCUGGCGAUAUUCGAACUGCCAAUGUGCGCGGGGUGUUUGAUUAUGUCGAUGAUAUCCAGCCGAUCCUGCCUGGAAGAGAGAAUGAUUGA